AUGCAUGGGGCGUUAGCCCGCCUGGUUUCGAUAAGCUUUGUUCACAACUCGCUGGUGUGUUUCCGCCGGGCUGACGCGUGCGUUGCGCGGAAGGCGCCUGAGAAGGGGCAGGGCGUCACGCUGGCAGAGCCGAAAGAGAAACGAGGCUGGAGAAUGAGAUUCCCAGCAGCACGGUCCUCUCCCGGCACCACUCGCAACGCGUUUUCCUUUGCGAACGGGCGCCACGCCACCGCGGACCUUAGGCAGGACAGCGUCAUCUGUGUUAAGCAAGAGGAGGAGUUGUGUGCUGCAGGUCAGCAGGAGGAAGCUAGAGGAGCUCCUGAAGAGCCCAGCCCAGGAUUUCAGACGUACACGCCUGAUGUUUUAUCGUGGAUCAAAGAGGAGGAGGAGCCACGCUGCCCUGAACAAGCCUCGGAGAGAGAAGAAAUCUCUCCAGGUCCAAGCACAGUGCACGAUGAGAACACAAAGAGGGACCCUCCGGCAGAUUGCUUUGAGAGCACAGCGUGUGACUCGGGGCUACCAGGAAGACCUGGAGGGAAGCUUUCCAAGGAUCCAAGCGCUGGAGUCAUGUGGGACAGUCAGUGGAAUUCAGAAGUGAUGGAAACAAACACCACCAGCAACAGCCUUGGGGGCGACACUCGGUACGAGCGAGGGUUUGGGGAGCACUUGGAUUUCUGUAGCUCUCAGGAAAACAUCUUUGGGAAGAGACCAAGCCACAACGAGUGCGAGAGAAACUCCGCCCGGCGGGAACACCUUCCAGCUCCCUGGGGAGCCCGGGAAGGGGAGACGUGUCCAGGCUCCAUGGGUGAGAAGAGUCUCAGCGAAAAGGCAUUCCAUCUGCCGCACUCGCAGCCGUGCGCUCCGGGUGAGAAAGGUGGUGGGUGGGGGGCUGCUCCCGCCUCACCGCCCAUGGGGCUCCAGCCCACAGCCCGCAGCGAGCGCGGACAGAAUCCCGCGAGCGCAACCAGGCGUCGUGACUGUGACGGCCUCGGCGGAGAGCAGCCGUCUGUGGAAAGCGAGGAGAACUUCCCCACAGAAAACCCGUUAGCUGGCUCCUGCUGGGACCAUCCGCGGGACGAGCCGGAGGCCUGCUCCGGGUGCCACGAGCGCUUCAUGCCCAGGGGCCACCUGGCCAGGCAGCAGCAGAGCCAGGGCCGGGGCAAGUCCUACAUUUGCAGCGACUGUGGGAAAAGCUUCGUUUGCCACUCGUGGCUUGUUAGACACCAGAUGACCCACACGGGAGAGAGGCCCUACAAGUGCUCCGAGUGUGACAAAAGCUACAGGAGAAAGGAUUAUCUUCUAAACCACCAGCGCCGGCAUUCAGGACAGGGGCUCUUCCAGUGCCCGCUCUGCGGGAAGAGGUUUGUGCUCAGGAGGAGUUUAAUGAAGCACCAGGAAAGUCACGUACAAGAAACGCAUCUGCCGCUGGCCGCUUGGCCCUGCGCAGAGAUCAGGGGGGCUGUAAUGCAUUCCAUAUAG